AUGGAGGAAAGUGAGUGAUGGAGGGAGGAGAGAGAGAGACUGAAAGACAGAAGAGAUGAAUGUGCCCUCAGCCUUGGUGAUUCUAAAAGACACAUGAGAGAAACACAGAAGCACAAUAUGAGUAUGUGACUUACUCAGUAAAGAGCUAGUGCAAACAUACACACACAAAUACACACACACACACACACACAUACAUACAGACUGACGUACACACACACAAACUCAAAUGCACACACACACUUAUACAUGAGCUUACUAAUAUACAGAUCAAAUACACUCACAACAAAGGCUGACACAUCACACGUUGCUAGAUACAUAUUUUAUGUGUGUGUGUGUUUAUCUGAAACAUAUUCAUAGACAAACACUUUAUUCAUAAAAACACAUUCAGAGAACUUUUGCAUUAGGGCAGGAACAGAGAACAGGGAAAUAUUAUUUGUUAGAAAUAGUUUUACAGUUUCCCUAUUUGCUUACAAUCACCUGAGCUUCCGCUGUGUUUUGAUUAUGAGAGCUAGCCUAGCUAGCAUCAGUCAUGUUGAACAAUGAGAGCACUAGCUGAUCUAGCCUAGCAUCUAUCUAGCUCGACUAGCAUUCCAUUUUGAGCUGUGAGACCAGUUAGCUAACCUAUUCUAGAAUUGUGUUUGAACUAUGAGAGCCCUUGCUAGCCUAGUUAGUAUAAGGUACACUGCUCAGGGUACACUAAAAUAACACAUCCUAGAUCUGAAUGAAUGAAAUAAUCUUAUUAAAUACUUUUUUCUUUACAUAGUUGAAUGUGCUGACAACAAAAUCACACAAAAAGUAUCAAUGGAAAUCAAAUGUAUCAACCCAUGGAGGUCUGGAUUUGGAGUCACCCUCAAAAUUAAAGUGGAAAACCACACUACAGGCUGAUCCAACUUUGUCCUUAAAACAAGUGAAAAUGAGGCUCAGUAGUGUGUGUGGCCUCCACGUGCCUGUAUGACCUCCCUACAACGCCUGGGCAUGCUCCUGAUGAGGUGGCAGAUGGUCUCCAGAGGGAUCUCCUCCCAGACCUGGACUAAAGCAUCCGCCAACUCCUGGACAGUCUGUGGUGCAACGUGGCGUUGGUGGAUGGAGCGAGACAUGAUGUCCCAGAUGUGCUCAAUUGGAUUCAGGUCUGGGGAACGGGCGGGCCAGUCCAUAGCAUCAAUGCCUUCCUCUUGCAGGAACUGCUGACACACUCCAGCCACAUGAGGUCUAGCAUUGUCUUGCAUUAGGAGGAACCCAGGGCCAACCGCACCAGCAUAUGGUCUCACAAGGGGUCUGAGGAUCUCAUCUCGGUACCUAAUGGCAGUCAGGCUACCUCUGGCGAGCACAUGGAGGGCUGUGCGGCCCCCCAAAGAAAUGCCACCCCACACCAUGACUGACCCACUGCCAAACCGGUCAUGCUGGAGGAUGUUGCAGGCAGCAGAACGUUCUCCACGGCGUCUCCAGACUCUGUCACGUCUGUCACAUGUGCUCAGUGUGAACCUGCUUUCAUCUGUGAAGAGCACAGCGCGCCAGUGGCGAAUUUGCCAAUCUUGGUGUUCUCUGGCAAAUGCCAAACGUCCUGCACGGUGUUGGGCUGUAAGCACAACCCCCACCUGUGGACGUCGGGCCCUCAUACCACCCUCAUGGAGUCCGUUUCUGACCGUUUGAGCAGACACAUGCACAUUUGUGGCCUGCUGGAGGUCAUUUUGCAGGGCUCUGGUAGUGCUCCUCCUGCUCCUCCUUGCACAAAGGCGGAGGUAGCAGUCCUGCUGCUGGGUUGUUGCCCUCCUACGGCCUCCUCCACGUCUCCUGAUGUACUGGCCUGUCUCCUGGUAGCGCCUCCAUGCUCUGGACACUACGCUGACAGACACAGCAAACCUUCUUGCCACAGCUCGCAUUGAUGUGCCAUCCUGGAUGAGCUGCACUACCUGAGCCACUUGUGUGGGUUGUAGACUCCGUCUCAUGCUACCACUAGAGUGAAAGCACCGCCAGCAUUCAAAAGUGACCAAAACAUCAGCCAGGAAGCAUAGGAACUGAGAAGUGGUAUGUGGUCACCACCUGCAAAACCAGUCCUUUAUUGGGGGUGUCUUGCUAAUUGCCUAUAAUUUCCACCUGUUGUCUAUUUCAUUUGCACAACAGCAUGUGAAAUGUAUUGUCAAUCAGUGUUGCUUCCUAAGUGGACAGUUUGAUUUCACAGAAGUGUGAUUGACUUGGAGUUACAUUGUGUUGUUUAAGUGUUCCCUUUAUUUUUAUGAGCAGUGUAUUUUUGAACUAGCCUAGCAUUAGCCAUGUUUAAAUUAUGAGAGCUAGCCUUGCUAGCAUUAGCUGUAUUUGAACUAUGAUACCUUUAUCUAGCCCAACUAGCUUUAGCGUGUUUGAACAGGCUGAUACCGGCUGGCCGUUGGCCACUUCUAGUUAUCCAGUGUUUGUGUAUUUCCUUGUUGGCCCCACAGCAUUGUUAAAGGAAAGAUUCAUAUGAUACAAAACUCAUCAUGCCAGCUGUAUUUCUGCCUGCUUCAGCGGCAAUAGCUCAGAUACACACGAAAACAUGAAAUGACCCCUGGAAUCGAUAAAACAUCACUCAGAGAUGCACAAAAACAUUCAAAAUGGGUGAAUCUUUCCUUUAAAGGGCAAUUCCGCCACUUUUGAACCUCAUAUUCAUCAUCUCCUGCACCAUACCAGUGUCUACAUAAAGUGAAAACGGCACGUUUCUAUGAUCUGUGGUUAAAAAGAGAAGAAGAAAGGUCCUAGAAAAUGCUUCUCUGUGACAUUUAUUUUCUUAUGAUGAUGUCAUCGGAUAUAACUUUUUUCCUUUAUAUGUUUUUUCUACAAAACUUGGAAAUGCGCCGUUUUCACAUAGACACUGGUAUUGUGCUGGCGAUACUGAAAAUGAGGUUGAAAAGUGGUGGAAUUGCCCUUUAACUCCACCACUACAAACUCUGGUGUUGUACAAACAAUCAACCACAGCUUAUAUUACUGCCUGUCUGUCUGUCUGUCUGUCUGCCUGUCUGUCUGUCGGCAGGUUUGAAUCACUGACUGACUGUCUAACUGUUUGACUGACUGUCUGACUGCACAGUGCAACUGCUGGGUUGAUUGUGUGUGGGAGCAUGUGUGUUGUCUGUGUAUUAUUAAGUAUAUGUGUGUGUGUUCUUGUGUAUGACACCUUUUUCCGCUCUGCAGGGAUGAAGACCUACCUGAUCUCAGGGAGGAAGUUGGAGCAUUCUCUGGACAUCCGGACCCCGUGCCCUUGCCCCCACACCUCUGCCCUCAUGCCUGGGGGGGCUGCUGCCCUCUGUGUGCCCUGCACUGUGAAUGGGGAGCAGACAGAGGAGGGGGCCGGACUCAAUGGAUGCCAGGACGAACAUAAGACUAACAGCGCCAAGGUAGAUCACACGCAUAUGCAGGCACGCAUGCACAUACACACACACACACACACACACACACACACACACACACACACACUGACAACACACUCCUGCACCAACGUAGCUUACCACACACCUACUAAUAACACACACCUGCACCAACGUAGCUUACUACACACCUACUAAUAACACACACCUGCACCACACACACACACUUGUCUAACACACAUCCCUCUCUCUCCUUCUUCUUCUGUAGUUUACACCAGGCUGCAGCCCCAGGGCUCUGAAUGGCAUUCUCAGUCCACCACUGGAGGACUCAGUGAGGGCCAGCCAGAGCUCUCUGUGUGACAUGCUUCAGGAGAAAGAAAAGAAGACCAGUACGGGCACAGGGACGGGUACCAGCCUGGGUAUGGGGGGUCCAGGAGGGGCGGGACCGGGGGGCAUGGGCAUGGACCACUCCGCCCUCAUCCCGUUACGCUCCAAGAACUUCAGGGAGAAGAGUGAUGUCCAUUUUGUUGAUGUCAUCAAGGAGGACAGGUGAGGACUGGAGGGAGUCUGGUGGCUUUUGGCUUUACUUAUGAACUGUUUUGAGGUCAGUUCUUCUAAAUAACCCUGAACCAGUGGCUUUAGUAGAAUGAUUGACAGUCUAAAGCUGACCCUGGACUAGUUGAUAUGACUAGUUGUUGGAUACUACUGCACUGCUGUUAGAUACUACUGCACUGCUGGAGCUAGGAACACAAGCAUUUCACUACACCCGCAAUAACAUCUGCUAAAUAUGUGUAUGUGACCAAUAAUAUUUGAUUUGAUUUAGGAGCAGAACUGGGCAUGUCUUGGCAGAUCAGGGUUUAGCCUUCCUUAGGUUUAAAGUGUUAAUGUCACAUGCACAAGUACAGUGAAAUGCCUUUCUUGCAAACUCUAAACCCAAUAAUGCAAUAAUCAGUAUCAAUGUAGGACUAAAAAAAGAACAUAAUGUAGAACGGAAACAUAUGAAAAAUAUAAAUACUAAAUAAGAAGAUCAUGAGACAGUAAGAAGCUGUAUACAGGGUCAGUUCCAGUACCAUAUGUAUAAUGUGCAGGGAUACUGGAUCGAUAGAGGUAGAUAUGUAUGUAAGGUGACUAGGCAUCAGGAUAUAUGAUAAACAGAGUAGCAGCAGCAUAUAUGAUGAUUGUAUGUGAGUGUGUGUGUGUGUGUAUGUGUGUGUGUGUGUAGAGUCAGUAUAGAUGUGUGUGAAUGUUAUGUGUGUGUUGGAGUGUCAGUGUGUGUGAGUGUGUAGAGUCCUGUGAGUGUGCAUAGAGACACUAUUAAAAAUAAAUAAAGGGUCAACUUAGAUAGACAUAGAUAGUGCCUGUAGCCAUUUUGUUAGCUAUUUAGCAGUCUUAUGGCUUGGGGAUAGAAGCUGUUCAGGAGCCUGUUGGUGUCAGACUUGAUGCACCGGCACCACUUGCCAUGCGGAAGCAGAGAGAACAGUCUGCUGGUCUGUUAGGGCUUUGGAUUACCAACAGUGCUAUGGUGAUUAUUGUUGACAGAGUAUAUAUUUGAAGUCAGUCACUAAGGGAGGAAUCCUAACUUGAGAUGCAUGCACUUAACCUCGAUGAUCAUGUAAAUAAUGCAUAGAUGUCAAUGGAUGAUUCAAGUCAUGAUGAAGUUAGGAUUCCACCCUAGAACCCUCCACCUGUCUUUUUCUCAAUCUAUUCUCCUGUCUUUCAAGUCUGAUGAAGGACUACUUCUUCAAGCCUCCCAUCAACAAGCUGAGCCUCAACUUCCUGGAGAGACCUCUGGAGACAGCCUACCGUAUCAGCUACCAGGAGGAGGUACACACACACACACACACACACACGUGCACACACACGCGCACACACACACACACACACACACACACACACAGAGACACACACACACACACACAGAGACACACACACACACACACACACAGAGACACACACACACACAGAGACACACACACACACACACACACACACACACACACAGACACACACAGAGAGACACACACACGCGUGCACGCGCGCACACACGCACACCCGCACACACGCAAUCACGCACACACGCACACACCCACAUACACACACACACAGACACACACACACACACACACACACAGACACACACAGACACACACAGACACACACACACUCAAUCCGUGUCAGUCAAAGCUCCUGAGUGGCGCAGUGGUCUAAGGCACUGCUUUGCAGUGCUAACUGUGCCACUAGAGAUCCUGGUUCGAAUCCAGGCUCUGUCGCAGCCGGCCGCGACCGGGAGACUCAUGGGCGGCGCACAAUUCGUCCAGGGUAGGGGAGGGAAUGGCCGGCAGGGAUGUAGCUCAGUUGAUAGAGCAUGGCGUUUGCAACGCCAGGGUUGUGGGUUCAAUUCCCACGGGGGGCCAGUAUAAAAAUAUAUAUAUAUAUAUGUGUAUUCACUAACUGUAAGUCGCUCUGGAUAAGAGCGUCUGCUAAAUGACUAAAAUGUAAUGUAAAUGUAAAGCCGUAUUGACCACAUGUUCAUACAAAGCCCCCUGCUGGUGUGUAUAACAUAUUGCAGCCCAAUUCUAACAGUUUGACCACAAUUAUUAGUAGUAGUAAUCUGCAUCUUUAUCUCCUCCCUCCUGUCUCUGUCCCUCUGUUGUUCUCCUCUCAUCCCAACUGUCUAACCACCUCUCCCCCUUCUUUCUCCACUCCUUCUCUCUAUGUCUCUGACUACUCUCUCUAUCCCCCUUUCCCCUCCCUCCUUCUCCUCCCCCUCCCUCUGUCCCUCUUUCUCCCUCUCUGUUCUCUCAUCUCCUUCUCUCUAUGUCUCUGACUACUCUCUCCCCUCCAGGUGGAGACCCAGGCCCCGGUGCAGACCUUCUCUCUAUGUCUCUGACUACUCUCUCCCCUCCAGGUGGAGACCCAGGCCCCGGUGCAGACCUUCUCUCUAUGUCUCUGACUACUCUCUCCCCUCCAGGUGGAGACCCAGGCCCCGGUGCAGACCUUCUCUCUAUGUCUCUGACUACUCUCUCCCCUCCAGGUGGAGACCCAGGCCCCGGUGCAGACCUUCUCUCUAUGUCUCUGACUACUCUCUCCCCUCCAGGUGGAGACCCAGGCCCCAGUGCAGACCUUUGCCAGCCCUAUCUUCAGCUCCUUCCUGGAUGUUCUCCUAUCCUGCUCUGUGUUCCUCGCCCUCACCUUGGCCUGCUUCCUGGUUCCCAUGGUCACCAUGGAGACGCCCCCAGCAACCGUCCUGGGAUUGGCUACCGCUGCUGGUCUGUUAGAGCUGGUCUCCCUGGUGCUGUCCAUACGGUGAGGGAUGGAGGGGGGAGAUAGUGGGAGAGAGAGAGGGUGGGUGAAGUGAAACGUGUCUGCUGGCGUUGGUCUCCCUGUUGCUAUAUGGAGGAAUGAGAAAUUAGAAAGGGAGGGAGUGUAUCACAAUGUUGUCCUUUUUUGCUAUUUACUUGUCCCUUCUUUCCUCACCUCCUCUCCCUCGGCCCCCUGCAGGAUGACGUUCUACCUGGACAACGUGUUGAGCUGUACCCACACCUUGCUGAGGGUGGUGUCAGGCUGGCUCCCCCGUCAUGUGAUCGGGGCCGUGCUGGUCUCACUUCCUGCCGUGUCCGUGUUCUCACACCUGGCCUGCAGCCUCCACCUGCCCAUCCAGGUAAGGAGGGAUAGAGAGGGUAAAGAAGGAGGGCAUACUGGUAGACAUGGGCUUCUAGUCAGGGAUGGUCAAAAGGUGGGUGAACGCUGGUCGAGAUGACGAAUGGCAAAUGCAUUACUGCUAACAACACUUAUUUACAGUAAUAGGUGUUCUCAAGUGUAAAGGGGAAAAGUGUGUGUGACUAAGUGUCAAGAGCAUUGAGUUACACUUGGUCUACAGCUGUAGGGCACACUAGAAAGUGCCAGUGUUUCAGAGAGAGAAACAGUCAAUGGAAAAUGGAGAGGGGCUAUACUUGUGGACCUUGGCACACAGAUUAUUGACAUUCUCCUUCUUUCAAAUCCUUUAUGUGGAAGAGAUAGAGGUCCUAGUUUGGGCAGAGGCAAGCUACACACUGCACAUUGUUUUCUCUAGCCUUAUUCCGAGUCCAAAGCUGCUGCCAUAGGGCUCUGGUCAAAAGGUAGUGUACUAUAUAGGGAAUAGGGUGCCAAGUCUUGACUGCUUACAAGUCAAGCUGGUGUGUUUUGAUAACUUGUUUUGCAAGGAUGCCCCCCCCCCCCCCCCCCCACACACACACACACACAUAUACACACAUAUACACACACACAUAUGCAUGCAGUCACACACACACACACACACACACACACACACACACAAUAGCAUGGAAGAGAGCGAUUGAUAACAUGGCAGAGUAAGAGAAGAUGUGUGUGAGAGAGGGAUGGAAGGGAGGGACAGAAGCAUGGAUGGAGAGAUGGAGGGAUGGAAGAGAGACGUGUAAAGUUGUCAUCAUUAGGCGGCUGCUGAAGGCAUUAAGUCUGUACUAACAACUGUCCAGGGGAUUCAAUUAUUGAUGUGUGUGUGUGGGUGUGUGUUCACACAUGCCAGUGGUGUUCAUAAGGUAUGUGCUCACAGGUGUGAGUGUCUUGAGGGUAUUCGGUGGGGAAGUAUGUUUAUGUUACCAUAUUUUGUGUGAGUACUCGUGUACCAGGGUCAAGUUCCAUUUCAAUUUGGGAAAUAACCUGAAAUUCCAAUUCUAAUUUCUUCUCAUAGAGAAGCAUUGAGGAACAUUGGAAUUUUAGUUUACACAAACAAAUGUUGUGUGUCCUCCCUCUAGGUAACCAUGUUCCUGUGCUGUGCAGUGACCAUAGCCAUAAUCCAGUACUGUAACUUCUGCCAGCUGAGUUUCUGGAUGAGAUCUGCCCUGGCCACGGCUGUUGGUGGGUCUCUGCUAGUGCUUCUCUACAGCCCCCUCAACAGGACAGGGUGAGUACUGCAGCCUAUACGUAUUUAGGACCCAUUCAUAACUUUAAUCAAAUCCAAUGUAGGGAAAUGCUUAUGUUCCUAGCUCUAACAGUGCAGUAAUAUCUGACAAUACAAAACAAUACAUGCAAAUCCCAAAAAAUAAAAGAAAGGAAUUAAGGAAUAUAGAAAUAUUAGAACGAGCAUUCCGGAAUAUUCAUAUAUAUGUAUAUGAUGGUGUGUAUAGACAUUAUGAACAAUAUAUGAAUAGAAAAGGUGUGUACAGCAGUAGUUAUAUAGGAUGAGCAACUAGAAUACAGUAUAUACAUAUGAAGUGGUUAAAACAGGAUGUAAACAUUAUUCAAGUGUUUAAUGACUAUGUACAUAGGGCAGCAGUCUCUAAGGUGCAGGGUUGAGUACCGGGUGGUAGCCGGCUAGUAACAGUGAGUAAAGUUCAGACCAGGGUACUGGGCGGAGGCCGGGUAUUGGUGACUAUUUAACAGUCUUAUGGCCUGGAGAUAGAAGCUGUUUUUCAGUCUCUCAGUCCCAGCUUUGAUGCACCUGUACUGUCUCUGCCUUCUAGAUGGUAGCGGGGUAAAACGUUAGAAACUUUAUAACAUUAUUAAGAUGUUAUAACUUAUGUUAUAAUGUUAACACUUAAAAAUUAUGAAUGUCAAGGUAGCACCAUUUUAUAUCAUACACAAUAUGCACAAUAAUACACAAUACACCUAUCUCUCCCAGUGGCUCUUGGGAGAUGUUGAUAUUCAUCUGUUUGUCAGCGUAGUUGUGUGUGUGAGUUUUAUUUUUUAAAUUUUAUUUCACCUUUAUUUAACCAGGUAAGCCAGUUGAGAACAAGUUCUCAUUUACAACUGCGACCUGGCCAAGAUAAAGCAAAGCAGUGCGAUAAAAACAACAACACAGAGUUACAUAUGGGGUAAACAAAACAUAAAGUCAAAAAUAAAACAGAAAAUAUAUAUAUACAGUGUGUGCGAAUGUAGUAAAUUAUGGAGGUAAGGCAAUAAAUAGGCCAUAGUGCAAAAUAGUAAGUGUGUUGGAGUGUGUUAUCACGCUUGUGUUUAACUCACAGGAGUCAUUCUGAGAGGUUGAUAUGAAUCAGUCAGCCUUGAGUGCCUGGGUGUGUGUGUUUGUGUGUGUGUGUGUGUGUGUGUGUGUGUGUGUGUAACUGACGGCAGUCACUCUGUCUUGCAGCUCCAGUAAUGACAGUUCUCCAGCGAUGGGGUGAGUGUUGCCGUGGAAACGCAGAAUGUUGAUGGAUGAGUGACAUUUGGGGGGGUGACGGAAGGUGAAAGGAGAGAAGAGGGACCGUCUUUCUAUCGCUCUCUCUCUCCCUCUCUCGCUCCCUCUCUCUCCCUCUCUCUCCCUCUCUCUCUCCCUCUCUCUCCCUCCCUCUCUCUCUCCCUCUCUCUCCCUCUCUCUCUCCCUCUCUCCUCCUCUCUCUCGCUCUCUCGCUCUCUCUCUCUCCCUCUCUCUCCCUCUCUCUCCCUCUCUCUCCCUCUCUCCUCCUCUCUCUCUCCCUCUCUCUCCCUCUCUCCUCCUCUCUCUCAAACUGUGAAGUGUAAUCAUAGCAGCUAAAUGUCAGCAGCAGUGGCUAUGUUUGCGUCUCAAAUGGCACCCUAUUCCCUACUUAGUGCACUACUUUUGACCAGGGCCCAUAGGGAAUAGGGUGCCAUUUGGGACGCAGCCUGUGAGUCAGACUGGCUAGCUGGUCCUAUUUAUACGAGCUCAACUGUGAGAGAGAAGCUGGAGGUAGAGGGUAUAGAACACUACAUACAGCAUGAAGGACCAUGUUGGCCUUUUUUAACAAGAAGGAGAAUGAGUUGAGUUGAUGCUCUGAUGUGUAUCUUUGAGCCUAUAGCCAAGUCCUUUAAGUCGUGGAAGUGUUUGGCAUGUGUAGCGUGGUUCGGUAGGCACUAUGAAUGGGUGUGGUUCAUGGUAAUGCAACUGCUGCGUAUCAAUAUCAACCCCCUCCCCUGUCUGUCUGUCUCUCCGUCUGUCUGUCUGUCCGUCUGUCUCAUGUAUGUCUCAUGUCUGUCUCAUGUAUGUCUCAUGUCUGUCUCAUGUAUGUCUCAUGUCUGUCUGGCUGGCUGGCUGGCUCCCUCCCUGUCUGUCUACCUCUCUCUCUCUGCACCCUCCCUUCUUAUCGCUCUCGCUCUCGCUCUCGCUCUCGCUCUCUCUCUCUCACUUCCUCUCUCUGUCUAUCCAUCUCUCUCUACACCCUCCUUUCUUAACUCUCUUUCUUUCUAUCUCUCUCUUUCUGUCUAGCCACCGCACCACUCCUUUAUCUCUCUGUCUGCCCUCAUCUACCCCUGACCUCUUCUAAUUGUCUCUUUCUCUUUUUCAGUAACCUCACUAACGAGACAUGGUCCACUCCAGAACCACAAGCAGACCCUAUGGUCCCCGUGAGACUCCUAGACCUACUGGUCCCAGAAGCGAUCCUCACCUACUUCCUCCUCCUUCUAUUGGUCUGGUUCCUGAACCACGAGUUCGAGGUCAGCUACCGUCUCCAUUACCACGGCAACAUAGAGGCCGACAAGCACCGCGUCAAGAUCCAGAACAUGCGGGACCAGGCCGACUGGUUGCUAGGCAACAUCAUCCCAAUCCACGUCGCCGAGCAGCUCAAGGUGACCCAGUCGUACUCCAAAAAUCACGACAACGCUGGGGUCAUCUUUGCGAGUAUUGUGAAUUUUUCAGAAUUCUACGAGGAAAGUUACGAAGGCGGGAAGGAGUGUUACCGAGUGCUCAAUGAGCUCAUCGGCGACUUCGACGAGUUGCUAAGGAAACCGGACUUUGCCAACGUGGAGAAGAUCAAGACGAUCGGCGCCACGUACAUGGCGGCGUCCGGACUGAACGCUCAGCAGUGCAUUGACGACUCCCACCCCAACUCUAACCACCUGAGGGCGCUGUUUGACUUUGCCCUCGAGAUGAUGGGUGUUUUGGACGACUUCAAUAAAAACAUGCUAGGCUUCGGGUUUAAGCUCCGUAUCGGGUUCAACCACGGUCCCCUGACGGCGGGGGUGAUAGGCACUACCAAGUUGCUCUACGACAUCUGGGGAGACACAGUGAAUAUUGCGAGUCGCAUGGACUCUACAGGGGUGGAGUGUCGGGUACAGGUGAGUGAGGAGAGCCACUCGGUGCUCAGCGGGAUGGGGUUAGAGUUCGACUACCGCGGUACCGUCAACGUCAAGGGCAAAGGUCAAAUGAGGACCUUCCUGUAUCCCAGGAGCGCUGAGAGUGGUGGGCAGCUAUUGGCUGAGCCUUUGCUACAGCCACACCAAUUAGUUGCUGUUUUGCCCCUGGUGAAACCUGUCCAAUCACAGGCAGCCGUUGGACCCGUGGGGGAAGGAGACGCCGUUAAUACGACAGAGUCUGAUGCAGGUGCCAAGGUGCCAGGUCCUCAUCCCUUAUCCUCUUCUUGCACUCCUCCCUCCUCCUCUUCCUCCACAUUCACCCCCCAAGCCUCUUUCAUAGGACCUUCUGGAGCUCCUCCAGGACUAGGGCCAGAGCCAGGCCCGGCCAAGCCCUGCGGGGUGAGGGCAGAUCGGGCAGAGGGGUACAGGGACGCUCCUCCAACCCCACCAGGAAUCCCCCAAACUGGGGCUGGCCACCCCCCUGCUAUGGGCACGGACCAUCACCUCCCUCACCUCCUUACCCUGGACCUAGACCCGGAGCUAGUACCCUGUACCUUGGCACAGCCUGAGGAAGAAGAGGAGGAGGAGGAAGAGGAGGCGAACGAGCUGACAAAGCUCAAUAAGGAGGAUUUCAUGUCACGCCUUUGA